ACGUCAACCGGAGCCCGGACCCGGCGUAUCUGUAGCCGCGGUGUGUUUAUCUGCUAACAACAAGAGACUGUUUUUGAAGCAGUUUGCGGCGUUUUCUCCCAAAUAGCAGCUUUGCGGACUUUAUCACAGGCUGGGAGUGAUGACACCGCCGCCGGUAGUGUCCGUUGGAGGAAGAGGAAGAGGAAGGAGGCGAUGAGGAGGAUGAUGACAUGCAGUUAGCUGGCUGCCUGGCUGGCUGACGGACGGACCAGAGCCCGCUGAGAGGGAGACGUGUCCCCCCGAAACUAGAGCAGGAUCCGGGACGCAGAGAGGCGAAGAUGCCGCGGAGGAAACAGUCGAACCCGCAGCCGGUGAAAUUGGAGUCUGAGGACGGGGCGGUGGUGUGCGAUCCGAGCUGCCUGGUUCUGGAGAGCGACUUUCUGCUGAGCGGUGAGCUGGAGUUUGGAGACUCGGAGAUCAUGGGGCUGGACAGAGAGGCCGGAGUGACGGUCUUCUCUCUGAGCGUGGAGGACGACUCCUCAGCUCCAACAGACUCCACCUUCCCGGCGUUUCUGUCCUGUAAAGGAUGUGGUCAGCUGCUGGGCGAAACGCCUCUGGGGGCCGGUCUGGAUCUCGGUGUGGGUCUGGACCUGGCAGCAGAGCUCUACUGUCUCACCUGUGAGGAGAGCUUCCAGCACUCCGCCUCCAUGGACUCCUCUCAGAUGGAGGGAUCCAACCUGUCCGACAGAUCCGGCUCCGACAGGAAGAGGAGGAGCGUGGGUCAGGGCAGCGACCUCCCCGCCAAGCUGUUCUCGUGCUCGCUGUGCGCCUUCACCUCGCGCUACUCCAACCACCUCAAACGCCACAUGAGGAUCCACGACGGCCACAAGCCGUUCCGCUGCCCCGUCUGCCCCUACGCCUCGGCCCAGCUGGUCAACCUGCAGCGCCACGGCCGAACCCACACCGGGGAGAAACCCUACCGCUGCCCGCAGUGCAGCUACGCCUGCAGCUCCCUGGGAAACCUGCGGAGGCACCAGCGCAUGCACACGCAGGAGAGACCGCAGAGGAGGGAGAAGGAGAAACGACGAGGGAGGAGGAAAAAAGCCAAGGCUGGACCUGAAGAAGUGGUGUCAGACCUGACCCUGCGUCUGUCCCAGGACUCCGGUUACCUCCAGACGUUGGGGGGCCUCGGCUGUCCCUCCGGCCCCCUCCCGGUGCUCCUGUUCCCCCUGUGCUGCCGGGUGUGUGGCCUCACCCUGGAGGAGGCCGACCUGGAGGGGGAGAAGGCCGAGGGGGAGGCAGAGGGCGACGGAGGGCAGAUGUGUCGUCGCUGCUCGUUGGACCUGCUGUCCAAAGACGUCUCGGGGCCUCCCUGCAGCCUGGACGGUCCUCGGGGCCCCCGGCGGGGACAGCGGGGCUCCAAGCUGUACCGCUGCCCUCGCUGCCCCUUCCUGUCCCACUACCCCAACCACCUGGCCCGACACUCCCACACCCACUCUGAGGAGAAGCCCCACCGCUGCCCCCACUGCACCUACACCUCGUCACACCUGGACAACCUCAAGCGCCACCUGCGCGUGCACACGGGCGAGAAGCCUUACCAGUGUCCGUCCUGCAGCUACGCCUGCGGGAACCUGGCCAACCUGCGCCGCCACGAGCGCAUCCACUCGGGCGCCAAGCCGUUCCACUGCGGCGUCUGCGGCUACUCCUGCAACCAGAGCAUGAACCUGAAGAGGCACAUGCUGCGGCACACCGGAGAGAAGCCGUACGCCUGCAACGAGUGCAGCUACACGACGGGCCACUGGGACAACUACAAACGCCACCAGAGGAAGCACGGACACAACACGGACAGCUGGGACAAACACACCCCCAUCAACGGGCUGAGCUGGGGACGAGACGGCCAGGAGGACCAGAGUCAGGGACAGGAGCACAAGUAGACACACUGAGGGAGUGUGUGAGAGUGUGUGAGAGUGUGUGGAAGUGUGUGGAAGUGUGUGGAAGUGUGUGGGAGUGUGUGGGAGUGUGUGGGAGUGUGUGGGAGUGUGUGGGAGUGUGUGGGAGUGUGUGGGAGUGAGUGAGAGUGUGUGAGAGUGUGUGGAAGUGUGUGGAAGUGUGUGGAAGUGUGUGGAAGUGUGUGGAAGUGUGUGGGAGUGUGUGGGAGUGUGUGGGAGUGUGUGGGAGUGAGUGAGAGUGAGUGAGAGUGAGUGAGAGUGAGUGAGAGUGUGUGAGAGUGUGUGAUAGAAACACAGCUGCAGCAAUCAGUCCUCAAACCAAACAACUAUCCUGAUAAUUAACAAUUAACGGUCAUUUUUUUCCACCUCGAUGCCAAAACGUUAGCUUCUUCCAGCUCCUCUCGUGUGAGAAUGAGCAGCUUGUUAGUUUAAAAUGUUCUUAACUGAGACUUUUAUUUUUAGAUUACUGGUCGGACAAAACAAGAUGAUGCAAAACAGAGAAAUUUUUCUCUCUCUUUAGAUGAAAGGAUUCAUCUGCUGAUUGUGAAAAUAGUCAUCAGAUUAGUUGAUAAUAAACAAACUCAGGAUGCAUCAGGUUUCCUGCACUAAAGACAGGAGAAAGUCAGCUCUAUGAAGCAGGUAGAACAUUUACAGAUGACAGUUUGGACAGCAGAAUUACUGAACACUUAUUCAGAUCAUGUAAAAUAUUAAAAUAUUACACUAGCUGCUGUGUUGUGUGAGUGGUAUUUGUGUUGUGUAUAAUGUGUGUGUGUUUGUGUACUUGUUUCUGCUAUACCGGUGGGGACUUUGACCUGACUCUGUGCUUUAUUGGUGGGGACUCGUCUCACGGUGGGGACCUAAAAUGAGGUCCCCACGGGUGGAAACAGUGUUUUCUUGGCCAUGUUGUUGUUACUAAAAAUGUAAAAGUGCAAAAAAGUUUCUUUAGGGUUAGGCAUUGUUUUGGUUAGGGUUAAGGUUUGGUUAAGGUUAGGGGUUCGAUAUGAAUGGGAGUCAAUGGUAAGUCCCCACCGGUAUAGAUAAACAAACGUGUGUGUGUGUUGUGUAUAACGUGUGUGUUGUGUAUAAUGUGUGUGUGUCUGUGUACUUGUUUCUGCUAUACCGGUGGGGACUUUGACCUGACUCUGUGCUAUAUUGGUGGGGACUCAUCUUACGGGGUGGAAACAGUGUUUUCUUGGCCAUGUUGUUGUUACUGAAAAAUGUAAAAGUGCAAAAAAGUUUCUUUAGGGUUAGACAUUGUUUUGGUCUGGUUAAGGUUAGGGUUAGAUAUGAAUGGGAGUCAAUGGUAAGUCCCCACCGGUAUAGAUAAACAAACGUGUGUGUGUGUUGUGUAUACACUGGUGAACCUCCAGCUCAGCGUGGAGUUAAACUCAGGUGCCUUGGACAGACUAACGACUGUAACGCUGCACUGACUUUAUAAACGGGCAUUAAUAUGUUGAAGGGGUGAGAUCAGCGUCUCACUCCGUUCUUUGGGAAAUGCAGUGAUGUGAUCAUGAA